GCCUAACCGCGUUGCAGCCGCUGCUUACUUACAUACAUAACUAACUACCUUGUACCUUAUUUUUUAUUUUUUUUAAGUAAAAACAUUGAACAUUUGGUUUUGCAGUUGAUUCUUGUACGAAGUACUUCCUCAAUUAAAAUAUUCCCAAUCAUUUUAAUCCAUCUCUUCUCGCAACCAUCCGUACUCGCGCUCUCAUUCGCGCAAUGCUACAGUCGUACCCUCUUAUAUAAAAUUCUCGAUUCUCAUUUGCCUACCCAUCCGCUUUUGUGAAUCCAGAACGCUGCCUAGCGUAUUCCCUUGAGUUCGAUUCACCAACGCCCUGGAAUCAACGAAGGAAGGAUAAUGCGACCAUUGAUCCUUCAUAACGUCCCGGACGAGGAACUUUACACUGGUGAUGAUGGAAUACAACGUCCUUACGCUAUGUAUUGGCCUGAUGGUGAACGACAACGAAAUCUCCCGCGCACCCGCGCCAGAGAAAUAACCGAAUCAGGCUCGUUCGGAAAGUCGACUAGAAGAUCUCGAUCGAGGACAGGCAGUGCGCCACCAAAACGCGAAGAUGCUACGAUGCAAAGUGCCGACAAGAUAUUCUCCAAUUAUUUAGCAAAUCGUCAACAAGCCCCUAACGCGAAUGCCACCACCACCUCUACUCAGCGAAAGUCUAGCUUCCCAACCCAAACCACUGCACAGUCCCAAGAUGAUGCGUCUUCCGCCGCCCAAACUUCAACGUAUCGUAAAGAGCCUACAGAAAUCAUCCUGAGAGGUUACUCCACGCCAUCGCAGCAGUAUGCGGCUAUCAACCACUAUGAGCAUAUUGCGGGCAGAAUUUGCGAGGACUACUCUAGAGAGCCACCCAUCGAAGCCCGGCGUUACAAAUCCGACCUACGAGAUCCUGCCUUAACGAGACGACAACCCCUGACCGUUCUUGAACGGGCCAAAGUUAGUAGAGUUGCAAGCGGAGAACACUGGGUCAAGGUCACGUUUGAGUCGGCAGAGGCAGCAGAUGCCGCACUAUAUGCUUCUCCGCAGAAAAUUCUGGGUCAUCUCAUAUAUGCCGAGCACUAUCUAGGCCUACCUCCAAAGGAAGAUGCUGCGAUGCUCAAUGUUGUGGGGGAUUCUGGCAUGGUAGAUCCGUUUAGGUCGAAUUAUGUUAGAGCCAGAGCAGGCCCUUCCCAGCCUCGUACAGAUAAGAACGCGAGAUUGCAGAAGCCCUUCUCAUCAUUUGACCCCUCGGCGAUACAACAGGAUUCCCCCCCUGGAUCACAAGGCUCGACUCAGACGAUGGAUAGUGCUACGGCGUCGACCGCGACUGUUACGGGAGUCUUUUCAGAGGCGCCACGUAAUGCAGAGCGACAGAACAAGCAACAACAAGACCAAGACGAUACCUACUGUCGUCGAAUUCCCGAGGCUCGAAGAGUUAAGCUCCUUCCAGCCGACCAAGCAUUAGCUCCGCAGCCGACCUUCCAGCAGCGUAUACUAGCCUGGAUCCCCCUCAUAGGAUGGUUCGGCGGAUCCAUGAUAGGCAACGAAGUGCCGCGGAACGAGCUUGGAGAAUUCGACUUCAACAGGGCCAGCCUGUACUGGCAGCUCAUGUUUUACCUGGACCUGUGGUUCGGCCUCUUUAGUCGCGAGCUCGUUAGUGGCGACAAGGACGAAUAAGAGGCCCCUUCCUGAUUUACUUUACUUACUCCAACUACCUAUACCUUGGUCACUUCAUUGGUAUGGCGAUUUUAUGAAAACAAUGCUCUAGGGAUGCGAAGAAGCAGGGAAUAGGAAUGGAUCGGGGCGAGGCGUGGCGUGGCGUGGCGAAUUUGGUUGUUGGUAAUGGCGGAAACCACGGAGUUGGAGGAAAUUCAUUGCGACAGAUUUUAUACCGACUGGACUGGAUACCAAGGUUCCACGCGCGCACCGCACAUUUCGAACUUGACGCUCAGAAAGACGGACUACGAUAAAAGAAAGUACGAAGUUAUACCCUCGCGGUAGCAACGCUGUGUCAUGUCAUACUGAUCUUGCGGGUGUUGGGAGGGGUGUAGAUGAGACAGACGAGCCGACCGGAAAUGUGGAAGAGGAAAGAGGAGGCUUGCUUUGUGCUUGACUACUUAAUACACGUACUAUAAUAAAGAUACUCUGAUACUCUUUCUUGAUACUAAUUACCUACCUACUUACGGUCGAU